UUCCGAGUCGAGCAAGCAAGAAGCAUGGACGAGAAGGAAGCGGCCGGAAGCGACGUCGAGGCCAAGACGACCGAUUCCAAGCGCCGGGCCUCCGACUCGGACGACGACGACCGCGCGCCGGACGCGCCAUCCGCCGACGUCGUCGCGCUCCGCGAUGGGUACAACCAGACGUACAUCAUCCAGUCAAGCAAGAGCCAUCUGCAUGAGGUGCUCUUCCGCUGUGGCAACUGGUGCUACACGGGCAAGGUCGACGUCGGCGACGCCGAGAUCGCGCUCGCCGACUUGCCCGUCGUGAUCCCGGCGCUCCAGAAGCAGCAGGGCUCGCUGCAGUUCCUCUGCGAGUGGAAGCAGAUCCCGGCCACGUCGCCGUAUGCGAUGCCCCUCGAGACGCUCUACGACGCGUUCGACUUUAUUGGCACCGAGCUCGCGUCCAAGGCCAUUGAGAAGAAGCUCAUGAAGGCGGCGCAAGACAACACGUGGGUCGACGACGACGCGGACGCCAAGAACUUUUUCGAGCUCGAGACCGGUGGUUUUGACUGUUUUGACGGCAUCGACCUCGUUGCGAGCAAGACCUUUGUCCGCGGCCUCGUCUUGGUUGUCAUCUACUACCAGCGGAGUUUUUACGUGGUUCUUCAAGAAGGCGUCGGCGAGCAGCCAUUGCUUGACGUACGCUUCCCGGAUCUGACGCAGCACCUCCAAGGCGUGCAUCUGCGCCACUACCAAGAGAAUUUUAUGAACAUGAAGAAGCUCGUGCUGUGGCAAGCGAUGCCAAGCGACAGCAAGCCCAAGAGCCCGCCCAAGACGUUUCAAAUGCAAUGCAAGGACGUGAGUGGCACCGGCUACAACCAAACGUUCUUGAUCCAGCGCACACAGCCGCUCGAAGGCCAUCCCGAAAGCAAACUUCGUGAAGUGCUCUUUCGGUUUGGGAGCUGGUGCUACAACGGACACGUCGACCUCGGUCCCAAGCUCGAGCUCUCGGACAUCCCCGUGGUCAUUCCGAUGCUGCGCCGGCAACAAAGCGCCCUUACGUUCAUGUGCGAAGUCACCAAGAUGCCAGCGACGUCCCUUUUUGCGUCGACAAUGGAAUACAUUGCGAGCAUUGUUCCUGCCAUCCAAGCAGAGCUCGCGGCCACGGAAGAGAUUCUCGCCGGGCUCCAGAAGAAGGGUGACAGCAACGACGUCAGUCGGUGGCUCAACGACGAAGCCGCCGAGUGUUUCUUUGAGCUCGGCAUCGAGCCCACCCCACAGCUCAAGCACGUCGAAGCAAUCGCGUGCAAGGUGUACACGGGCACGCUCGUCAUGAUCGUGCUCUACUACGACAAUGCCUUUUACGUGCACAUUGAAGACGGCGAGGACGAGCAGCCGCUUCUCGACACGCGGUUUCCGGACGUCACGUGCCAAAAGAAUGGCUUCCAGGUCAAGACGCUCCGUAAUGGCGUCAAGGGCUUCCCGGAGCUCCGCAAGAUUUCGCUGUGGAAGGUCAAGUAUGGCGACGGUGAUGGCGACGAGGACCGCGUGCCCGAGACGAUGAACCUUAUUGCGCAAAAGAAGGUGUUGCAUGGCCAGGUCGCGGCGCUGGAUCUCGGUGCGGACGCCAAGACGACCGAGCGCCGAAAGGAAGAGGACGUGAAAGGCGGCUCGCCCACGAACCGCAAGAUCAACAUGCCCCACCACAUUGCGCCGCUCAAGACGAGCACGAACCUCAAGUCCAAGCUCAAGGACCUCGGGCCCGUCGAGUCGCUCAAGGCGCCGUGGGACGAGACCGGUCGGCCCGUGCUCGGAAGCCGCAAAUAAGACGCUAGGGCGUGUCGCCAAUACGUGUUGCUAUGCCUAUUCCA